AUGCAGUCGGAGAAUCAAGGUCCAAUUGAAGAACACCCAGCAGAUACACGGCAGCAGAUACUCAAGCUACACGAAAUAGCUUUGGAGAAAUGCUGGGAAGCUUGUGAGACAGGAGAUCUGAUCCAAUUCUCCAACCAGCUCAAAGAGUCCUUUGGAAAGCUCCGUGACGCUGAUGUGAAAAUUUUGCUAAAACGGAUAAUUAAAAAUGGCUGGUUAGAAGGGAUGCGGUGUCUACUUGAUCAAGGGGCUGACCCAACCCUGUUGACCGCGUCUAUCCUCGUUCGGGAAUCUCGUUCUGCUGCAAUGCUCCAGCUUCUUGCUGACUUUGGAGUGGACUACAAAUCCGGAGAUUCCAAUAUUCUGGCAUCUGUUUCUAGCCCCACUGCUAGCCGCCGAGAAAUACUGGAUUGGUUGCUGGACCACGGACUAGAUAUCAAUGGCCCUACUAACGACACGGUGCAAGGUACCGACAGAUCAUACCGCGACAAUACCGUUGAGGUUCUUAACGCGGCCGCAGCCCAAGGCGAUAUCGACCUUUUCGACCAUCUUGUAUCGCGCGGUGCUCGACCCCACCACAGUAAUGCUCUCCACAAUGCGGCUCGUUCCAAGAACGCAGUCGCUAUGAUCACUCAUCUGGUCGAGACAUACCACUUAGACGUCAAUGCUAGUGAUGCAUGUAACGGUCUCAACGAAUUAGACCUAGUCGGGUUCAGAGAGACGCCGAAAUAUGCCUUGAACUACGCAUUAAAAGCCUGCAAUACUCCCGCUGCUGAGGUUCUACUGAAGCACGGUGCGAAAAUUGGACAGGCUCUGUCGUACGCGAUCUCAUCUCAGGAGACUUCGGCUGUCAAGCUUAUACUCGAUGCGGGUGCUGAUGCAUCUGACGGUCUUUGCAACGCAAUUGUUAGCGAUUACCUGGAGGCUGCUCAGCUUUGUUUGGAGCAUGGCGGUGACAUUGCCGCAGGGGAGGCACGAGAUAAAUUUGUGGCUGGUUUUGGUGGAUCGUAUACUGGGAUGAGCAAUGAGAUGAGGAAAUUGCUGGACGAGUGGAAGCAUAAACAGCAGGAGAGUCCUAAAGCAUAG